AUUGUCUUUGUCUUCUUCCUUUCAGCUGACAUUAUCUCUACAGUAGAAUUCAACCACACCGGAGAAUUGCUGGCAACAGGGGACAAGGGGGGUCGGGUUGUCAUAUUUCAGCGUGAGCAGGAGAGCAAGAACCAGCCCCAUCGCAGGGGUGAGUACAAUGUGUACAGCACUUUCCAGAGCCACGAGCCGGAGUUCGAUUACCUGAAGAGUUUGGAGAUCGAGGAGAAGAUCAAUAAGAUCCGAUGGCUCCCGCAGCAGAACGCCGCCUAUUUCCUGCUGUCCACCAACGAUAAAACUGUGAAGCUAUGGAAGGUCAGUGAGCGCGACAAGAGGCCGGAGGGCUACAACCUGAAGGAUGAGGACGGCCGCCUCCGAGACCCCUCCAUGAUCACCUCGCUGCGGGUGGAUUACCACAGGCCUCCCGAGUCAGAUGUGAACACCUAAGGCUGUGUGCGCCAUUUAUUGCGAGAGAGAUGCACGCGUGGACCCUUUAAAGCAGUCACCCUGUGCCUGGCAGUGCUGGCAGAAGGUGCAGCUGAACCCGCUCCUCCUAUGAGGGUCCCUGGGGCUGUUUCUGAACUUUAUUUGUGCACGGAGACCUGGCCUGGGCAGUGUGAGGUCCUGAGGGGGGGCUGCACCAUGAGGCUGCAUUCCUGUGCCUGAAUUCAGAGCAGAGACUGAAGGUCUCCCUUCACCUGCAGGCCUGGGAACUCCAGGUACACAGUAAUGUCAUGGUGGCAUUAAUCAGCCAGAGCAGCUUGUGAUUUAUUAACCUCCUGUCAGAGUUUGCAUUCUAAGUACUCGAGUUUGGUAUUUAUGAAUAUAACGCUGUCGAUAUGUCUGCCCUUGGCUCACUUUGUAGCUUCAGGCUUCAUUGCCAAUUGAGCCAUCCAGAACCUCCGACCCAGUUCUCACCUCUGCUCCAGGUGCUCCCGGGGCCAGCAGGUGUUUCCUUCAUUGAGCAAGAGACAUUUCAUUUCAUAUGUAUCUGCAUCUGCUGCCACGUUUCAGGCAGAGUUUGCAGCCCAGUGCAGCCCACAGUAGGGGCCUUCCUGGGGUCUGGCUGUUGGUGUAGGAGCUGUGGUUACUGACUCUGAGUGGGAUACAGGUGUUUUUAAAGAGGUAUAACUGCGGUUGAGUAACUUGAGCUCAGGGUAGAAGUGAUGCCUGUUUCAGUUUCCAACACAAACUGCUUGAAAAGUGACGCUGGUGUUGGUACAUCUGCCAGGUUUCCUUCCCAGCCCGUGCUGCUGUCUGCACAAUUGGCUGUUGGCAUUGGCUGGCGGAGGUUGGCUGCAUCCUGGCGUUGGCAUUGGCAGCAGCGGGCUGGGCUGCAGUGGGGUCGGACCAACUUGGGCAUUUGUUGCAGACAUUCAGCCCAAAGUCACAGCUUGGAUUGCAGCAUGGUGCUUGUUGGCUGCGCAAGUUUGCCUUUUUGAUGCCUUCUAAUGCUCCCUACAGUUUCCUGACAUCUGUAGCAAGCAGCCCCAUGGGAACAUGUGAUUCCUGCUCCGUAUCAGCAGGUAGAGGUAAAGCACGAUGUGAGCGCUUGGUGUUGCGGGUAUUGGUAUCCAUGUGCACAACACCUUCUGUUCCUAAGGAUGCAAAAGAGAGCAGCCUUCAGUCUGCUCCAGUUCGCACUGGUGGGUUUCCUCAGGCAGAUAUUUACAUAGCUUUUGGUUUGACUGCUGCUUGGUGUAUCCUGAGCACUUAAUGCUCCUCUGGUGCUCACGUUUUGUUCAUCCAUCCACGGUUCCAUGUUCGACCGCAGACGAGCAAUAACCACCUUGCUGCAAUCAUCUCUUCCUAUUCAUUGUAAUGGUUUGGAUUUACUCUAUGAGCAUUGUUAUCUGAGGAAUUUCCAACCCACGUAAUGCAGAAGGACUAUUUCCCUCUGUUCAGACCAUGAAGGUCUUUGCUGUCCUUGGGAGAGCUUUGCACAUCAGGGUAGGUCCCAGCCCAGCAGCCUCUGCACCUCAUCGCAGAGCUCCCUGGGUGCCUCCUGCACCACUGUGCACCAGGGACUGUUGGCAGGAAUCGUUAACACAGGUAACAGCCAGGGCUGAAAACUCUUUAAAUAAGGACUGCGUUGCCUUAGAUCCCUGCACGGCACAAGGCAGGGCCGGGAGGUGCACGGCUAUUGCUGUUGUCACAAUGCUGUUUGUGAUUAAGAGCUGCUGUUUCACUCAAUUUCAACAGCAUCCAUCAUAAAUAGUUUCAUAUCUCCCAUUUCGCCAAAACAUUCAUAUUUUUUGGCUUCUGGGUGCAGUUUCAUGGAGAGUUUGUUCUUCUCCUGUAUCAAACGUGCCCGUGCUCACAGACACCCAUGGCCUCGGGAGGGCCGUUUGUUUUCUGAAUUCUUACUGCAGAAUUCAGGUGCAGAUGAUGUAAGUCAUUCUGAAAUGUAAAAGCAGGGACAGAUUCUCAGUUUCAAACUAAAAAAGGAUUCUGUCCUGCUAUAAAAACAAGGAGGGCCAGGGAGGCAGCUGGGCUGGGGGUGGUGCUGGCGGUCACUGCCCCGACCCCUCCAAGGUGCUCUGACUGCACUGCAGGGCUGGGUUUGCCCUCACUGCUGCAGGUGCUGCUCCUGAGCCCCUCUUCCCCUGGCCAGGCCCCACGGGGCACUUUGGACCCCCACAGGAAGGGCUCUCCCACACCUGGAGCUCUGCUGGUGCUGCACAGAGUGCUCACACCGGGUGGCCGGGAGCAGGGCUGUGCUGGGGAAAUGACCGAACCAGGAGCUCCAUCAGUGCACGGCUCGGGGCCAGACAGCAGGUUUGUCUCUAUGGGAAGGGGUCUUCUCAGAUGGCGUGAGGAAAGACCAGUAAGGCCAAGUCCUGAGGAACAUGAAGCUGUUGCUCUGCCAUGAGCGUGGUAAGGAGCGGUGGGGUGGGAUAUGUGUGGGUGAUGGGAGCACUCUUUUUGCAGGAGGUGCCUGGUAAAAGGCAAAAAGAAAAAUGAAGAGACAGUUUUUUUAAAGCGAGUAAUGAAUGGCAUUGCCCCCUUCCACAGAACAGGAAGUAAUGUAAUUUAUUAGUGCUUUACUUUAUUUGACAGCCAUUCUAUGUACUUGAUGCGGUUUGUUACACCAAAUUACCCUUUAAUCAUGGGUGUAUGUAAUACCAGGCACUACCCUGCAGGUCCGCUCAGUAGCUGAAGGGCUGCACCCAGGAGCUCUCAGUGUUGGUGAAGGAGGCGGCGGAGUGCAGCCCUGCACCUGCACUGCUCCCUUCUGCUGCAGCCAGUGUAAGUAGCACACUGAGACCAGGCUGGGACCGUGCAGGUGUUGGAUCUGCAGAUCGCCCCAUGCCCUGUUUGGACACGGGCUGUGCUGUCGUUGCAGUGCUACUUGGGCUGCGCACAGCCAUGGGUCUGACUGGGGCAUGGCCAGGCUGCACAGCAGUGCUGAGCUCCGGAGCCUGUGAUGGAUUUAUUUUUGCAUCCAGAGUGGCCCAGUGUAAGGUUUGAGCCCACGCCCUUUGCAAAGCCAUCUGACGGUCUGAGUGACAGCCCACGUCCCGCAAUCUCUGAGCACGAUGCGAGCCUCCGUCCCCAGAUGGCUGAGCAGAGUCCUUCAGCAGCAAACGAUGCAUCAUUGAGUGUGUCAGGCUGAAUUAGGAAGCAGGCACAUCACAUUAAGCUCAGGCUCCGGGCUGGCAGUUCCUGUGUUCCUGUGUCACUUGAUCUGGCUGUCAUGCUCCCAUCCCCACCUCUGCAGCCAUGGGAAACCUCUUCGGGCAGCACACAGAAAACAUUUGCUGUGAUGGAGUGGCUGGAGGGCACAGCUCCUGGCGGGGGGAGCACUGGUGCACGCAGCUGCCUUAAGAGCACAGCGUCUGAAGUUAUUAAGCACGCCACUCCUUGCAUGUGCUGCUUUUGUGCCUCCCUCCAUCCCCUCACGUUUACGUGAGCUACACUUACAAAUCCAAAGGCAAACGUGUAUGACACUGCUUCCUAUUUCCUCCACUGUCCCUGCCCCGUGCUUCCCUUCCAUCUCUUCCCCUC